CAGUGUGUAAAUGUCUGUCUAUUUUCUUCAAUCCUCAAGGCGAGUCCUGCCUUUCGUCAACACCAAACACAUCACUGCUUUUUCAAAAACCAGCUAGCAUACAAUACAAAGCCUUACCUACAGUAUUUGUUAUUCAAAUUACAGAAAGUCCAAUAUGUUACCGUCUAACUCACUCCUUGUGUUAACCAUACAUCUCACUUUCCUGUCCAUUUUCCAGGAAAAUUGUUGGUAAUUGUGUAGGUUAUUACUUCCCUCCAAACUAUUCCUUUUAUGGGAAACUAAAGAAUCUUAGUUUUUUUUUUUUUUUUUUUUCCUCUCUCUAUAUAUAUUUUCUUAUCGUUUUCUCUGCCGAGAAAACAAAAAGCCAAAAAAGAGACAAGUUUGUUGUUUGUCUUCUUGUUUAUUGUAAGUCACGGUCCAAGUUUCUUAAAUCUUAAUUGGAUUUGUAAUCAUGUCAUAUUCCUGGUUUUGUUUGUCAAACAAGAAAAAUGUGGGAAAUUCAUUCAAACCUCAAUGUUCACAAACAAAAAGAAACUCAAUAUAGAAUCUUAUACAUGUCAAAACUUUUUUUUUAUACACUUACUUUUAAUGUUUUGAGUUGUUUCUGUUGUCGGUUUCGAAGAUUUGUUUUUUUGAUCUUAUAGUAGAAGAGGUCAUUGUUAUGUUAUUGUCUUAAGUGUUUGUUGUGAACUGAGGUUGUUCAUACUCGUUACAGAAUUUGAUCCGUUUUAAGAUUUUGGGUCGUCAUUUUUUAUGCGUUAAAAUGGCUGAAGCAUCCAAGAUUCGGCUAGUUCGUUGCCCAAAGUGUGGGAAUUUGCUUCCAGAGUACUCGGACUACUCUGUAUAUGAGUGUGGAGGAUGUGGUACUGUUCUUAGAGCGAAGAAGAAAGUGUUGGCAAGUGAUGGAUUGUGGGAGAGAUCUGAUAGGGAAAAGAAUGUAGAGAGUGACGCAAAUCUUGAAACUGUGUCACAAAAAGCGAGUGGUAGUUUAGGCAAUUCCUCCGAGACUGAGAAGGAGGGUGAUGGGGUUGAGGUCAGUAGGAGAAAAGAUAAAAUUUUGGUAGAAGGAAAUGUUAAUUCAGUUAGUGUUUCUUCUUCAAGAACAGAAGACAAAGAGGUCUUAAUUGUUAAUGAGGAAAUCGAUGCUGGGGAAGAUAAAAAUGGUUUGAGACUCAAUCAAAGUAAUCCUGAGAUAGAAAUUGAGAAUGUUGAUAUACCCGUUCAGUCUCCGAAGCACCCAGUUGACGUUUUGGUUGGUGGAGAUGAUCAGGAUUUGAACUUGAAUAGGUCUAAUUUUGUUAAUUCUAGUGUGGUAAAAGGAAUUGGAGAAGUUUCAGCCAAAUCCAAAAAUUCUGCAGAGCUCAUGAAUUCAAGGGUGGUAGUGGACAAAUCAGGUGUAGAAAGAGUGGGGUUUUGGGGUUUUGAUGAAGAUGCCAGAGAAGUUUCAGUUCAAUCCAAAAUUUUUGCUGAUGCAGGACCUUCAAACUACAAGCCUAAUUCAGCCCAUAGGUAUGGUAAACCAAUGAAGAACUUUGGGUACCAGGAUAGGCCUAAUAUAGUUGAAAACUUAGAACCGAACCAACCUGAAAUUCUUAGGAAGUUGAAUGAGUUGAAGGAACAAAUCAGUAGAUUAGAGGAUAAACCAAAAGAAACAAUUCUAGAUGACAAGAAAAUGGCUCCUCCUGAGUCUAAUUGUAGGCGUGCUGCUCUUAAUGUUUCAACUCAACCAUUUGCCAGGGGUAACCAUGUCCCAAGACCGCCUAAUUUCAGACAUAGCCGUGGACCUGCUCCUUUUAUGAAUGAUCAUGACUUGGAUUUGCAUAACUUCUAUGCUCCUCCGAGGCAUGCCCCAACUAUGAUCCCAGGGUCCAACUAUGAGAAUUAUUUUCAGUCACAAAUGCUCCGGUGGCCGCCCAAUCAAACAUCCCUCCAAUACCCGCAACAACUACCUCCUGACUACAUUUCAGGGCGGUACAUGGAUUUCAAUCAUGAUGUUCUCGUAUCCCAUUCACAGGAACCAUUUUUUCAUCAGCCUGCAUGCUCAUGUUUACACUGCUGCAACGAAAAUUGGCAAGUUCCUCCAAAAGCCACUGGCUCUAGUUUUAGCAAUAGAAGGUUUGUAAAGGACCAAAGGAGAUCCAAUUCCUACCAUCAUAUCAGAUCUGUUACACUUGGUCCAAGGAAUUAUGAUCCUCUAGGUGCCAAUCCUCCUCCAUUGCACUCUCAAGAUCCUCAGUCCCACACAAGAUGGCCAGCUGACAUUGAUUCAGAUGUUGAAGGUUUUUAUCACAGUCGUCCAAGAAGAGUGGUGGCAGCCCAUGGGAAUAGGCGGCUUUCUCGUCCCAUAGCAGGUGGUGCUCCAUUUAUAACAUGCUCUAAUUGUUUAGAGCUGCUAAAAUUGCCAAGGAAAGUCAUGAAAAUGGCAAAUAAUAUGCAGAAAAUACAAUGUGGUUGUUGCUCAACUAUCUACUCAAGUGAAAAGAAGAACAAGAGUCUCAUAAUUUCUGUUGCUACCAAAACUGAGCGGAUAUCUGGCAAAGCUGAUGAUGGUCCUUGUGGCCUAUUUAACAGAAACAUAAUUUCUUAUGGUUACUCAAAUGCUGAUGGCAUGAACUCCUGCUCUGUUGAUUUUGAUAAUGCUGGUUCUUAUUUUCACUCUGCUGAUACCAAACAGAAUUUCCAAUCAGGAGGCCCAAUGUUGAACUUGGGUGAAUCUGAGAAACUGCAAGGCUGUUCAUCUUCAUCUUCUAUUUCUACUGAGGAAGCGAAGAGCCCAGAUAGUGUAAUUGUCCACAGAGAUGUUUCCAAUUCUUAUGAGCUGCCUUCCAAAGAGAACAUCUCGCCAACAAUUGCGGGUUCAAAUUUCAGUGAUCAUCUUGAUGAUUUCUUUUCUAUCCGUUCAGUGAGCAAUACUGGGAGGGGAAACAGGAGUAAACGGUUAGAUCAAGAGAAAGUUAUCCUUAACAAUGUUUCCUGCCAACAUUCUGGUGAGAACGAUGCAGCAAUGGAAACUAAGGUGCAAGUAUCUUUCAACGAAUAUGUGUCUCAUGACUCUGAUGUAAGCAGAGAAGAAGACCAACCCAGAAACAAGAAGGGGCAAAAAACCUUCUUGAUAGGUCUUAUCAAGAAAAGCUUUAGAGAUUUCUCAAGAUCUAAUCAAAACAGUGGGAAUGAAAGACCUAAUGUUUCAGUUAAUGGGCAGCUUAUACCAAAUCGUUUGGUUAAGAAAGCUGAAAAGCUUGCUGGUCCGAUUGAACCUGGAGAUUACUGGUAUGAUUUUCGAGUUGGUUUCUGGGGUGUGGUGGGCCAACCUUGCUCGGGCAUACUUAUUCCAUUUAUCGAAGAAUUCGAUUACCCCAUGCCAGAAAAUUGUGCUGCUGGAAACACAGGUGUAUUUGUAAAUGGUAGAGAGCUUCAUCAGACAGAUUUGGACCUACUUGCUAGCAGAGGACUACCAAUUACGAGAGAUAAGAGUUACAUUGUUGAGUUUUCUGGGAGAGUUGUGGAUGAGGACUCUGGUAAAGAAUUAGAUAACCUUGGCAAACUCGCUCCAACAGUUGAGAAGAUAAAGCGUGGAUUCGGCAUGCGUGUUCCCAAAGUGACCUUGUAAUUCAGCUAUACAAAGCUUUUGUAGCGUCUGUUUCUUGUAAUAAUGUAAACAAUGGGGCAAUUCCCCUGCACAUUAUCAGUAUGUACUAUGUCCAUAUCUUUCGUUUCAUGUAUUUGUAACCGAAAAAGCUCAAUGAGUAGUAUACAUGCUUGUUUAUAGAUUUGUGGAUACUUGUGAUCGAUGUUAUCUCCAGACAAUACUUACCUUUCGGAUCCAUUUUGUGCUUGCCUAAAUUUGAUA